AUGGUGGAGGCGGGUGGCGCACGACGCCACCGAAUGACUCUAGAAUCUGGAGACCAUAUUUUGACGUUGUAUGCUUAUAGAACGGGACCCCUUCGGACGGUUAGUUGAAGCAAAAAUUCUUUAAUUCACCAUGUAAGGUUUUUGCAGGUUCUAUUCUAUAUAUUGUCUUUUUUAACAUUUGGUAUCUUUCGUUUGAUUCUUCAUUGGAAAGAGAAAUGGAAUGUGAGAUUUCGCCUUGUUCCUUGUAAUUUUUCGAACGCUGAAUUCAUUCAUAUCACUGACAAUCACAAUGUAACCGAAUUACAAAAAGUGCAAAGAAAAUCGAAUGGGAUGAUUCCAAAUAAAAGUGGUGAAAUGAUCGAAGUUCCCGAAGUUCGCUGGUUUGUUUAUCGAAAAUUGGAAUAUGUUUGGAUUGAAUCAGAAGAUGAUGAUACUGGUGAAUGGAUUCCUUCAAGUGAAAUCGCUUCACAAAUUCCAUGCUCAUUUUUCCUUGGAGUAUCUCAAGAUAAUCAAGGUUUAUCAUUAUCCGAUGUCUCAAUUCGUCUACAAUUUUUUGGAAAGAAUGAAAUAGUUGUCAAUUUGCGACCAAUUUUAUAUUUGCUAUUCAUGGAAGUCAUCACACCUUUCUAUGUUUUUCAAAUUUUUAGUGUCACAGUUUGGUAUAAUGACGAAUAUGCAUAUUAUGCUUCACUUAUUGUUCUUUUAUCAAUUUCAUCAAUUUGUAUGGAUGUUUGGCAAAUUAGAUCGCAAGAAAAACGGUAAGAGAAAUUUAUAUGAAUGUUAUAUUAUUAUUUCUAUUUUUAUCAUUAGAUUGCGAAGUAUGGUUCAUUCAAACGAAGAAGUUGAAGUAAUUCGAAAUGGAGAAGAAAUGAAAAUCGGAAGUGAAGAACUUGUGCCAGGUGAUAUUCUCCUUAUUCCACCCCACGGAUGCCUUAUGCAAUGUGAUUGUGUUUUGAUGAAUGGAACUGUUAUUGUAAAUGAAAGUGUGCUAACUGGAGAAUCUGUGCCAAUUACAAAAGUCGCAUUGACCGAUGAAACACAUGAUGCGAUUUUCAAUAUGGAGAAACACUCGAAAAAUGUGCUUUAUUGUGGAACACAAGUCUUGCAAACACGGUUUUAUCGCGGCAAAAAAGUGAAGGUAGGAAAAAGGGAAGAGGGUUACAAUACUUUUUUGAGAACCUUCUUACGACGAUAUGA